CAUAGGAUCGAAUUACUGUAUUAUAUUGUCUGUUUUUUGAUUUCUCCUUGUCUCUUUCUCGAAGUUUUUGAUUUUCAAAUUUCCAAAGGCAAGUGCUUACAUUCAAAAUAAUACAUGGAUUAAACUGUUGCAUAUCACAGUAGAAAGAUUCCUAUUUAUAAAAUACUUAAAUUCAUAUUAAAGAUUACAACUUCUUCAUAUUACUAUUUCAUAUUACUAUUGGAAAACAAAACUCCAAAGAAAAAAACUCCAAACUUACAAGAAAAUAUUGCAUGGCUGUUUGGGAACAUUUAAAUAUUACACAAGCUCAUAUCGCCUAUGCUGUCUUAGCUGUCUUUGGUGCUGUUUUUUCUCUAUGUUCAUUAUUUUUCAAAGAAAAAUUAUAUAUUGGUGAAGCAAAUGUUGCAUCCAUAUUUGGGCUAAUUGUUGGCCCUCACUGUCUCAAUUGGUUUUCUCCCACAACCUGGGGCAACUCAGAUUACAUAACUUUAGAGCUUUCAAGAAUUGUUCUUGUGAUUCAAAUCUUUGCUGUGGCCGUUGAAUUGCCAACCAAAUACAUGAAGAAACACUGGUUGUCUGUGACUUUAUUACUUUUGAUUGUAAUGACUAUUGGCUGGCUAGUUGUUGGUUUGUUUAUUUGGUUAUUGAUCCCAGGUUUGAAUUUUCCUGAAAGUUUAUUGGUUGCUGCUUGUACCACUGCAACUGAUCCUGUUUUAUCUGCUGCUGUUGUUGGUAAGGGAAAAUUUGCUGAAAGAGUUCCUGGACAUUUAAGAAAUUUACUAUCUGCCGAAUCUGGUUGCAAUGAUGGUUUAGCAUUUCCUUUCAUUUAUUUAUCCCUAUUCUUAAUAAUCCAUCAUGGUCAUGCAGGCGAAAUAGUUGAAGAGUGGGUCUGUGUUUCUGUUCUCUAUGAAUGUAUAUUUGGCUGUGUAUUCGGUAUUGCCAUAGGUUAUGUUGGAAGAAUUACUGUAAGAUUUGCCGAAAAUCAUAAUUUAAUUGACAGAGAAUCUUUUUUAGCUAUCUAUAUUUUUUUAGCUGUUAUGUCUGCAGGCUUUGGCUCGAUGCUUGGUGUCGACGAUUUAUUAGUAUCCUUUGCCGCUGGUUCUGCUUUUGCUUGGGAUGGUUGGUUUGCUGAAAAGACUGAAGAAUCUCAUGUAUCUACUGUUAUUGACUUAUUAUUAAAUUUGUCUUAUUUUGUUUAUUUUGGUGCCAUCAUUCCCUGGCCACAAUUUAAUAAUUCUGAAAUUGGAACAGAUAUUUGGAGAUUAAUUAUUUUAGCCGUAGUGGUCAUCUUUUUACGUCGUAUUCCAAGUGUUUUAAUGAUAAAACCUAUAGUCCCUGAUAUCAAAACCUGGAGAGAAGCUUUAUUUUGUGGUCAUUUUGGUCCAAUUGGUGUUGGUGCUGUUUUUGCUGCUAUCUUAGCUAGAAGUGAAUUAGAAGCUGAUCAAACUGAAGAAUCUACUCCUUUAGCUGUGUUACCUAUUCAGGGCUCAAAACAUUACCAAUUAAUUGCUUGUAUUUGGCCAAUUGUCACUUUUAUAAUAAUUACUUCGAUUAUUAUUCAUGGUUCUUCAGUCGCCGUAUUAACCCUUGGUAGGCAUCUAAAUACAAUGUCUCUAUCUUUAUCAUUUACUACCGCUACAACUGAAGGCAAUGGGCAAUCCUGGAUAAAUCGUUUACCAAAACUAGAAAAAAAUGGUCGUUCAUUUUCUUUGCAUCGAAUUGAUACCCAUGAUGCUCAAAAUACUAGAGUUAAUAACAAGAAUGGUUCAAACAUUAUAUCAAGGGUUUCAACCAACGUUGAAACUAGUGGAAUUCCUGCAAAACCUGCUGGCGGGAUGGAAAGAAGAAAAAAGAGAAAUCGCAACAAAACCAAGAAAGAAAGACCUGACGAAUUACAAUUUAAUUUAGGUGAAAAUAGGAUUAAAAAUGAACAAAUCAAAAUUGGUUCAGAAAAAUCAAAAGAAAAUGAAAGAGAUACCGAUAACUUCAAUUCAACUUCUAAUGUUAUACAAACAGUUGUUGAUGAGUUGAAAUCACAAAAUGAUACAACAGAAACUUCAAAUAAACAUCUAUCAACAGUAUAUCAAGAAGGAAGUAAAGUGAUAAUUGAAGACAACACUGGUGAAGUUGUAAGCGAAGCUUUAAUAAAACAUGAGGGUACUGAAAUCAAUCAAAAUAGAUUGCAAACUGUUUUUAGUUUGACAAAAAUCAGUUCUUCUAGUGAUACAGAAGAAAAAGAUAACGAAAACUCUGACUUGGGAAAAUUGACUUCAAAAUUAUCAAAAAUUAAUCAAUCAAUAUCAAAUUCAAAGGAAAACAAGCCACAUCAUACACUUUAUGCAUUUAGAUUAGAUGAUGAAUUAUUAGUUGAAAACUCGCAAGGAGAGGUUAUACGAAGAUAUAGAAUCCACGAGCAUGAAAGCAAUUUACCUCAAAAACCUCGCAGAAAUUCAUUAAUAGGCAUGACCAAUAAGGCUUUGGCUGUUGUUGGUUUGAAAACCACUAAAUCUAAUAACACUUCAGAUUCUUUAGAUGCUUCAAAUAAAGUUGAAAAACCACCAAUUUCUGAUAAUUCUUUGUUAAAUUCUCAAAUUGAUCCCAAAGAAAAUUCUUUCAAUGCGAAUUCUGAUAAUGAAGAAACUGAAAUUGAAAAGAAAAGAAGAUUGGCAGCUUUAGGCAAGGUCGAUGUACCUAGGAAAGCUGACGACGAAGAACCAACUAUACCAAAACCUUCAAACUCUAGCAGCAAAAAAGUUGUUAGUGCUUUUGAAAGAAGUUUGAGAUUUAAAACAAUUUGGUGAAUAGUGAAAAAGACAGUUGAGCACAGAAGUUGUACAAUAUUAGCUUGAAAAUAUAAGCUGUUUUUGUUUGGAUAUAAACAACUUAGGUUUGAAGAAUUUAUCAGUAGUUCAACAAAGUGUAAUGGAAUUGCAAAUUUGCCUCUAGGUUCAAAAAUCGAAAUAAAAAACUACAAAAAGCAUUACAAAACUAUGUUAAA